GCUUGGGUGGGGUGGGGCCUGGGGGACACAGUUUGCAGGAUUUGGGGGAAGUCAUAUACUAUACGUGUACUUAACCCAGGGGUCGGCAAGGUCUACCUCGCCUGGGCUGGGUCACUCCAGGGAGAUCUCUCCAUGAGCCAGAUUGUGUGUGUGUAAGUGUGCGCAUGCCGACAAUUUCCGGCGUCCGCCCAGAUGUGAUUUCUGGCCCCGUGGAAAUGAGUCCUCGUGCCACGCUGUGCCGGCUUAGCGCAGUGUGUGGGGACUCGCUGAGAGCGCGGCUCAGUUCGGGGGCGGCUCAUGGGCCGGUUAAAUGACCCCUGUGGGCCGCUUGUGGCCCAUGGGCCUUAGGUUGCCUACCCCUGACUUAACCCAACAACCAGACUUGACUUAGCAAUGGCAAUGGGAAUUCUAAGCAGGGAUGUUGGCUCUCUCACUGAGAAGGACUGGACCGCUGUGCAGGGAAUUACUAGAUACUUAAAGGAAGUCAUGAACUGUAAACUGCAGGUCAACAGCAAUCCAAAACUAUUAGGAUACAUUGAUGCUGACUCUUUGAAAGCGAGAUGUUUCAUGCAAGAACCAAACACAUUGGGGUGAAAUACCUCUAUGUGUAUGACAUGGUACAAGAUGGACUUGUUGAAUUGGCGUAUUAUCAAACCAAAGAAAUGACAGUCGAUAUUCUGACCAAUCCCCGAGCAAGAGACAGUUUUGAGAACCUUUGAGUUAAGAUGGGACUCCCGGUGGUUCAUUUAUUGAGAAGGGGUUUGUGGGAUAUUCAGUUUCAUAUAACCAACAUGCUUAAGUUUAAUUAAUUCAUGAAGGGGUUAAUACCAUAGAGUAGAGUAUGCUGUCCUGACAGGCUUAACUAUCUACUUCCCCUCACCUUGGGAGGAACUACAUAAUCAAGCCUUUGUUCUCCAGUUUACUUGAGAUGCUCAACAUGUGAAGAGUUGCUUGCUUCAGCUCAACUGCGUGGCUCUAAGCAUCCAUUCUUGAGUUCCUCUACCAAUAAUUUAGGAACUUCUGCCACUUUGUAACUAAGGUGAAUAUUACUGCCUGAGCAACCUUUUUUGGAAACACAAGAACCUGACCUUUGAAGAGUGUGUAAGUAAACAAUUUUUUAAACUUACCAAAUGUGUGGCCCUUUUCCUAUGCUAGGGGAAGAGGGAAACAUUAGGAAAGGUAAUAAAAUUUAGAGUUUAGACGGAAAAGGUUAAAUUAUAUCUUUACUGCUUCCAAGAGAGAAGAAUUUUUCUGUUAACUUCAGUGCCUCAUCUCAACUCUGUAAUUUGUGUGGCUGUAGGUUGCUAGGUUGUUUUAUCUGGAUUCUUUGGUGUGAUGUCGCAGAUGGAAGUUCCACCCAUUGUUCAGAAUUCCUCUGCUGCCCCCUCCCCCUUGCUACUUACUUGGUCAGUGAGGAGGCUCAGUUGCCGGGCUGCUGCUAAUAUUGGAGAAAUAUGUGGUGAAAGGAAAAAAAGAGGUUGUAAAGAUGGCAACUAAUGAACCUAAAGUUGCCGUUGAAGAGUAUGACGUAAAGACGCUAACUGAUGAACCUGAAAGCUGCUCUAAACACUCCCAAUGGCGGCCCAAGUGGGAUAGUAAAGUGCAGUACCUUUUAAGCUGUGCUGGAUUUGUUGUGGGUCUUGGAAAUGUGUGGCGUUUUCCAUACUUGUGCCAAACCUAUGGAGGAGGAGCAUUCCUGAUUCCAUACAUGACCACGCUUGUGUUGGGAGCCAUCCCUGUAUUUUUUCUUGAAUUAGCUAUAGGGCAACGCUUGAAAAAAGGCACCGUUCGACUCUGGUCGCACAUCUCACCUUACCUGGCAGGACUGGGUUACACUUCUAUGAUAGUGUCCUUCCUAGUGAGUGCGUAUUAUAAUAUGCUUUUGGCCUUGAUUACGUGGUAUUUUAUAAACUCUUUUCGAAACCCAUUACCUUGGAGUUUCUGCCCAACAGAUACCAGCAAACCAGAGCUUAUUGAAGAAUGUCACAAAAGCACACCUACCAAUUAUUUCUGGUAUAGGUACACUUUAAACAUAAGCACAGAUAUUGGACACAGUGGCCCCCAACAGUGGUGGCUGGUUUUAUGUUUGGCAGCCUGCUGGAUAAUUGUGUACAUUUGUACAAUACGAGGAAUUGAAUCAACCGGAAAGGCAAUAUAUUUCACAGCUACAUUUCCUUACCUAAUUCUAACAUUAUUCCUUAUUUAUGGACUGACUCUCCCAGGAGCCGUUCACGGAUUACUCUACUUCAUGACUCCUAAUCUCAAGAAGAUCAAAAAUCCACGUGCCUGGCUUGAUGCAGCCACCCAGAUUUUUUCCUCUCUCUCUUUAGGAUUUGGGGGACUCAUAGCAUAUUCAAGCUACAACCCGUCAAUAAAUGACUGUGAACUGGAUGCUGUCAUGAUAGCAGCAGUAAACUCUAUGACGUCUUUGUUUGCGUCAAUCCCAAUUUUUUCGAUUCUGGGGUUCAAAGCAACAAUGGCCUAUGAAGACUGUUUGGCAAGAAAUGUCAAAUACAUCACCAAGGUAUUCAGGAACGACAACAUCACUGUAGACAGUGGCGCAUUUUGGCUCAGAUAUUUGAAUGGAACAGAUAUCAAUAAACUUGCAUCUCUCAGGCUGGCAAAUUGUGAUCUCCAGUAUUUCCUUGAUAAGAGUGUUUCUGGAACCGGCCUGUCCUUUAUUGUGUUCACUGAAAUCAUCAUUAAGUUGCCUGGAUCGAACACUUGGGCGAUUCUGUUUUUUCUCAUGCUGUUCAAUCUUGGUAUAACUUCCAUGUUUGGACUUGUUCAAAGUGUCUUGACGCCUCUCACAGAAUCUCGUAUUGUGUCUAGCUACAUAUGCAAGGAGACUGUAUGCGGUUUAAUAUGCCUUACUGCCUUUCUCCUGGGCCUGGUUUUUACUCUGAGAUCAGGAAACUACUGGCUUGAGAUGUUUGAUGCCUUUGGGGGGACCAUGCCUUUGCUCGUCAUUGCCUUUUUUGAAGUGAUGGGUGUUGCAUUUUUUUAUGGAAUGGAAAGAAUCAGUGCAGAUGUGGAAGAUAUGACAGGAAGACCACUAAAAGCCUAUUGGAAGGCAAUGUGGCAAUUUUUCUCCCCAGGGGUAAUGCUCCUAAUUUUUUUUUCCUAUGUACUUCUUGAGCCAGCUUCAACCUACAAUACUUGGAACCCAAAUCAUGUACAUUUUCCUGCAAAAGAGACAAAAAAGUAUCCUAUCUGGGCUGUUGUCAUCUCUGAGAUGCUGGAAUUUGUACCAUGUUUGAUGAUCCCUUUCGGAGCCAUUUACCAAUUUUGGAGAAUUAUGUUGGAAAAGAAACAGCUACAAAUAACACAUCCAGACACCAGCACUGGUAGCGCCUGAUC